UCUAUCUAUGGGUUCACAUUUUGUUUUUUCAUAAAAUUUUAUAUCUAGGUUUUGACAUUCAAAGUCUAAUAGUUGCUAGGUUUGCAUGUCUAUUAAUGGGUUUCUUUAAAUGGAAUUUGUUCUAUUUUAUUCAUUGGGUUCAAGCAUUUUUAGUUCUAUUUAUUUUUGUUUGAACUUUUGGUAUGAAAAUCAAAGAGAUGAAAGGAUCUUGACUGCUGUUUUAUCAGGUUGAUGAGAAAUCUUGAAUUCAGUUGGCUAAAAUGAACAUUAUCUUAAUUUUUCAUUUCUUGAAUUCUAUUUUUUCUUCUGAUUGCUGAAUGUUAUUAGUUAAUACUUGCUAAUCAUCCUCUUUUUGUCAUGUCUUCAGUUACAAAACAUGCCAUCAAUGUACCUCCUUAAAAAGCAAAGAACUUCUUUAGGCAAAUAAAAGUAAUAAUUCAACACAAAAGUGUAAGCUGUGUAGUAAAGGCAACGAGUACAGAAUUGAACUUUAGUCAAUUCCAUAGAAUUCAAUACUUUCUGCUUCAAGAAAAUCAAGUUUAAAAUUCAAUAUUUUUUGCUACAUUAUUUCUUUUGCAACAUCGUUGAUGUUGAGGACAAAUCCCCUUAUUCUCACACACUUGAGUGCAGGGUUGAGAACUUCCAAAUGAGAGAAGGGACGAAGAAGGGUAUUUUAGCAAUACUCUAACUAAACUGAAACCUUUUGCAAUUCUAAAGAAAUGUAACAUGUCAGCCGUUUAUUAUUUUCUCUUUUCUAUUUGGUCAUGUUUAGAAAUUUUCCUCUCCUGCAUUUAGUCCUUUUUCUUCUGGGCAAAUCUGGUUGGUACAGCAGCAAUUUCAGUCUCAUUGUGAUUUUUUACAAUCAUAUUAUACGAACUGGCCAAGGUUCUAUCUCUGUUAUAAUUUAUGGAGACCAAGAUAAGCCAGCUCUGAUCACUUAUCCAGAUUUAGCUUUAAAUUACAUGUCUUGUUUCCAACAAUUGUUCUUCUGUCCAGAAGCUGCAUCUUUGCUGCUUCACAAUUUCUGCAUUUACCACAUUUGUCCGCCUGGGCAUGAGUUGGGAGCUGCAGCACUUAAUCCUGAAGAUCCAGUGCCUUCGGUUGAUGAUUUAACGGAUCAGAUUCUUGAAGUUCUAAACUAUUUUAGGCUCGGUGCAGUGAUGGGCAUGGGUGUGACGGCUGGCGCUUACAUCCUCACCUUGUUUGCUAUGAAAUACAAGGAGCGGAUUCUUGGUUUGAUCCUUGUUUCCCCUCUGUGCAAAGCUCCAUCUUGGACUGAAUGGUUCCAUAACAAGGUGAUGUCAAAUUUGCUAUAUUUCUAUGGCAUGUGUGGGCUGCUAAAGGAAUAUUUACUUUCUCGGUAUUUCAGCAAGGAAGUCCGUGGCAGUUCUGAGGUUCCAGAAUCAGAUAUAGUUCAAGCAUGCAGAAGAUUGCUAGAUGAGAGGCAGAGCAUAAAUGUCCUGCGGUUUCUACAAGCAUUAGAUAGGAGAUCAGACAUCAGUGAAGGUUUAAGAACACUUGGAUGCCGAACGCUGAUAUUCGUUGGAGAGAACUCUCCUUUCCAAUCCGAAGCUCUUCACAUGAUUGCUAAACUGGACAGAAGAUGCAGUGCCUUAGUUGAGGUAUGAAAUAAACACAUUCAUUGUUAUGCUUGUUGGUCUCGAAAACUUGAAACCAACAAGUCCCUUGUCUCCUCCUUGUCGAAUCACCCUUCAUAUAGCCUUUUCUGGUCAUUUGGAGCACCUUGAGAGCUACUUUACCGAGAAUUCUCCAUCAAGGCUAGAUGAUGAAGAGCAAGAACUUUGCUAGGGUUUCUUUCACUUGCUUUUCUUAUGAUAUUCUUAAUUAUUUAUAGAUAUCGCAAGCCUAUGGGCUUUUUAGCCUUUUUACUUCUGGACACGUCACCUCGCCGUUGGGGGGUUCUAAUCAUAUUUUGAUUCUAGAUAGUUUCAUCUCUGACAAGUGGUGUUCACCUGUUGGUUAGCUGGUUACUUUCAUUAGAUUCUUUAGAUCACCUUAUGCACGUACUCCAUUAAUAGUUUUGCCACAUGGAAGCUCCUCUUUGCUGCUACGUGACUAAGAGGGUAUUUUUUUGCUCCCCAUUGGGGGACAAGGUUCCUGAGUGACUCCAUAGCUUCGAUUGGUGCAUCUUUGCUGGGAUCCAAAUGACUCCAAGUAAAUUGGUUAGCUUAUAAAAACUUGGCCCAUUGGGCUGAGACGAGUCAAUCUCUUAUUUAAAUCAUGGAUGAGUUCUGUGAGUUCAAAGGUAUGGCCCUGUCUGGCAAAGCCUAGGGAGAAAUGGUCUUAUAGCUUCGCCUUGUCCGCUAGGGCGAAGCUUAGCUUGUCCUUAUUUUACACUGACAUCGUUUUGGUUGGUCACAUGGCUUCCUUCUUUAUACAUGGUUCCAGCCUGGCAUCCAUGUGGCACUGUUUUGUGCCGUUUGGAAUCAUGUAGUGACAAUGCUAUCUUUAUUUUAGGAGGCAAGAACGUUCUCUCUCUAUUUUAGGCUUAUGUGGCAUAGUGAUUCAUUGAACACAGCUCGAAUCAUCUAGAAAAAGUUUUCUUGGUUACUUUGGUUCUUGUAUAUGUUUACUGAAGGCAGAAUUUCGACUUGUUAUUUAAAGUUGUGGGCAUUUUUAUAAAGAAAACUGAUUUGAGUAUAACAUGCUUCUGUUGGUUAAUGAAUUUUAAUUAUCACAAUAGGAAUUUAAUUUUCUUUUGAAGAUUAAAACCAUGUAAAUAAGGAUUUUAGUGAUCUUGAGAUCAUUGAAUUAUAAAAUCCUCACACAUAGGAAGGAGAGAUGAUAACCUUUUGAAAGAGCUUUUAAUAGCCUAGCCAAUUGCUUCCUCCCUUAGAUCUUCUCCCUUGCUCUCACAAGGUUUAUUUCCUUUUGAGGAAAAUGAAAAGUGGCUAACCCUAAUUCUCAUAUAAAAAUGUCAAUAAAGUGCAUUUUAUAAUGCCCUAUUAGGGUUUGGAAAUUGCGCAAAUUUCCUUGGACUUUAUUGUAGUGGAUCAAUUAAGUCACACACCUUUUAUUGAAGUCAAGAGAGGGACCUAAUCGGAUUCACAUGACCCAAACUACAAUAGAUGUUCCCGGCUUAUUCUACCAAAAAAUCGAGAUUGCACUCUCGAGUCGAGUGAUAGUUAUAGAAGCAA